AUGCUCCCGAGGCAGAUGCCCGCUUGGGUCUCCCACUCCCUGACAGAGCCGUGUGAAGCAGAAGAUGACAGGUGCUUGGCCGCCUGUGCCUUGAAGGAGGGCCGAUCUCCGUGCCACGAGUUGACAGUGAGGGUCAUCAGGAUGAAAAACGUCCGGCAGGCUGACAUAGUGAGCCAGCCAGACUGCUUCGUGAGCCUCUGGCUGCCCACGGCCUCUCGGGAGAAGCGGAGGACCAGAACCAUCUCCAACUGCCCAAACCCGGAGUGGAAUGAAAGCUUCAGCUUCCAGAUCCAGACCCAAGUGAAGAAUGUGCUGGAGCUGAGCGUCUGUGAUGAUGACAGCAUGACCCCAGACGACCAUCUCUUGACAGUUCUCUAUGACCUCGCCAAGCUCUGCUACAGGAAGAAAACCCAUGUGAAGUUCCCCCUUAACCCAGAGGGCAUGGAAGAGCUGGAGGUGGAGUUCCUGCUGGCCGAGAGUCCCUGCCCCCCUGAGACCCUCAUCACCAACGGCGUGCUGGUGUCUCGACAAGUCUCCUGCCUGGAGGUUCAUGCCCAAACCAGGAGGCUGCAGAAGAGGAAGAAAAAGAAAGAUCUCUUGGUGAUGGUGAACGAAUCCUUCGAGGGCACCCAGCGCGUGUCACCUUGCUCAGCGCCCUGCGGCGUCCCCAGCUCUGCCUGCUUCCACUACCCCAAGUAUUUCCAGCCCCAGUUGCGCGUGGACCCGCCCAAGAGUUACUGGAACUGCGGGCUCUGCUGCUGCUGCGCCCACAAGCACAGCCCGGUCUGCCAGCCCCUCCAUUGUCUCUCCGAGAACGAGACAGUGACGCUUCCCGUGGGCGGGAACUGUGAGUUACACCUGAAGCCCACACCCUGCCCCGACAAGCUGGACGUGCGGCUGGGCUUCAGCCUGUGCGCCGCGGAGCUGGAGUUCCAGCAGAAGCGGAGGCCGGUGGUGGCCGAGGCGCUGAAGCAGGUCCUGCGGCUGGAGGAGGACCUGCGUGAGGAUGAGGUACCGAUGAUCGCCAUCAUGGCCACGGGAGGAGGAGCAAGGUCCAUGACGGCCAUGUACGGCCACCUGCUGGGGCUUCAGAAACUGAACCUCCUGAACUGCACCAUGUACAUCACCGGCCUGUCUGGGGCUACCUGGACCAUGGCAACCCUGUACAGUGACCCCGAGUGGUCCUCCAAAAACCUAGAGCCUGCUAUCUUCGAGGCCCGGAGACACUCGGUCAAAGACAAAAUGCCCGCCCUGUUUCCGGACCAGCUCUGUAAAUUUCGGGAGGAGAUGCGGCAGCAUGGCCAGGAGGGCUACAAGGUCUCCAUGACAGACUUCUGGGGCCUGCUGAUUGAGUACAGUCUGGGGGACAAGAAAAACGAAUGCAAACUGUCCCAGCAGCGUGCUGCUCUGUGCCAGGGCCAGAACCCCCUGCCCAUCUACCUGACCAUCAAUGUCAAGGAUGAUGUAAGCAACCAGGAUUUCAGAGAGUGGUGCGAGUUCACCCCCUACGAGGUGGGCCUGCAGAAGUAUGGGGCCUAUGUCCCCACGGAGCUCUUCGGCUCCGAGUUCUUCAUGGGACGGCUGAGGAAGAGGAUCCCCGAGUCCCCCAUGUGCUUCAUGCUAGGUCUGUGGAGCAGUAUCUUCUCCCUGAACCUGCUGGAUGCCUGGAAUCUGUCCCACACCUCGGAGGAGUUUUUCCACAGAUGGACGAGAGAUAAACUGCAUGACAUUGGUGAUGAACCGAUCCUGCCCGAAGUCCCUAAAUGUGACACCAACAACCUGGAGACCACAGUGAUGAUCCCCAGCUCGUGGCUAUCCAAUACGUUCCGGGACAUCCUCAUACACCGACCCUUCGUGUCUGAGUACCACAACUUUCUUAAUGGGCUGCAGCUACACACCAACUACCUUCAGCAAGGCCAGUUCUCCAUGUGGAAAGACACAGUGCUGGACAACUUCCCAAACCAGCUGACACAGUUUUCCAAACACCUGUGUCUGCUGGACACGGCCUUCUUCGUCAACUCCAGCUACGCGCCCCUGCUCCGGCCCGAGAGAAAGGUCGACCUCAUCAUCCACCUGGGUUACAGCGCAGGCUCGCAGACAAAGCCUCUGAAGCAGACCUGCGAGUACUGCACAGAGCAGCACAUCCCCUUCCCCAGAUACCAGUUCCAGGAAGGCGACGACAAACACUUAGAGGAGUGCUACGUGCUGGAGCAGCCUCAGGAUCCCACGGCCCCCAUCGUGGCUUUCUUCCCACUUGUCAACGACACCUUCCAAAAGUACAAAGCACCAGGCGUGGAGCGGAGUCCUGAGGAGCUGGAGCUGGGCCAAGUUAACAUCUAUGGCCCCAAAUCUCCAUAUGCCACCAAGGAGCUCACCUACACGGAGGCUGCCUUUGACAAGCUGGUGAAACUCUCGGAAUACAACAUCCUGAAUAACGAAGACAAACUCCUGCAGGCCCUCCGGAUGGCGGUGGAGAGGAAGAAGCUCAGAUCUCAGCGCCCAGCAUCGGGAAAGCACUAG